AGCCGGCGGGCUGGGGUGCGGCGGCGGCUGCGGCCGGGCGCCCGGACGGGUGGGGCUCCGGGUCGUUCGGAGGCGGCCGCAUGAGUCGGGGCGCCAUGCCCCAGCCCGGAGCGUGGCCGGGCGCGGGCUGCGCCGAGAAGUCGGCGCGGGAAGCGGGAGCCGCGCCGCGGGAGGGCGGGAAGGCGGCGGCCGGCGGGCAGCCCCGGCCCGCGGUGCGGUGCCCGGCCGAGCAUGAGGAGGAUAUGUAUCGUGACGCGGAUGAAAUAGAAAAGGAGAAAGAAUUACUUACACAUGAAAGAGAGUUAUCAGCAGAAGCUAGAUUAAGUGUGGCUCCUGAAAUGGACAUCAUGGACUACUGCAAAAAAGAAUGGAGGGGCAAUACACAAAAAGCCACAUGUAUGAAAAAGGGCUAUGAGGAGGUAUCUCAGAAGUUCACCUCCAUAAGGCGAGUCCGUGGAGAUAAUUACUGUGCGCUGAGGGCCACACUGUUCCAGGCGAUGAGCCAGCCGGCAGCGCUGCCCUCCUGGCUGCAGGACCCCGAGCUCACGCUGUUACCAGAAAAACUCAUAAGCAAAUACAACUGGAUUAAGCAGUGGAAACUUGGACUGAAAUUUAAGGGGAAGAACGAGGACCUGGUUGAUAAAAUAAAGGAGUCUCUCACAUUACUAAGGAAGAAGUGGGCAGGCUUGGCAGAGAUGCGAACUGCUGAAGCAAGGCAGGUAGCUUGUGAUGAACUGUUCAUGAAUGAGGAAGAAGAAUAUAGCCUCUACGAAGCUGUAAAAUUUCUAAUGCUAAACAGAGCCAUUGAACUAUAUGAUGAUAAAGAGAACGGAAAGGAAGUACCAUUUUUCUCUGUGCUUCUGUUUGCUCGGGACACAUCGAAUGAUCCUGGACAGCUGCUGAGGAACCAUCUAAACCAGGUGGGACACACUGGAGGCCUUGAACAGGUUGAAAUGUUCCUUCUUGCGUAUGCUGUGCGCCAUACCAUUCAGGUGUACCGGCUCUCCAAGUACAGCACUGAAGAAUUCAUCACGGUCUACCCCACUGAUCCGCCCAUGGACUGGCCUGUGGUGACGUUGAUUGCUGAAGAUGAUCGGCACUACAACAUCCCUGUGAGAGUGUGCGAGGAAACGAGUCUGUGAGAUGCGUGCCUGGACAGCCUGGCAAUGUGGCCAAGGUGCACAGCCAACUCCUUGGCUCAGGCCUUUGGACUCCAGGUCUCUUACAAUGACCCAUGGGAACUCUUGGGCCCUAUGAGCCAAGCUGGACUGGGCUGUUCUGAAGACAACUUUUGAUAAUAAGAGUUAACCAAGUGUUUUCCCUCAUCUUUAAUGCAAUAACUUUCACUGGGGGCCUUCAGAGCACUUCUUUUGGAAGGUACAAGGUACAUCUUCUCCAUAAAGCAAAUCUUUUGUAUCAGAGGAGA